UGCAACAAAGAGAAAUUAUAGGGCUCAUGAUUGAUGAUGUUGCAAAGGCCAACAUCACUUGUUUCUCUCUCUCUUUUGUCUCUCUCUCUUCUAUCUCGUUGCAUCGAGCUGGCAAUUCUGUUUGCAGAAUUUGCGCAGUUCGACGAAUCCAACUUCGUCCUCAGAUGUUAGAAUAAACCAGAACCCACAAAAAUUCUUGUUCUUUCUCAAAACCCAGUUUUGGUCUUCCUCCAUCAGAAAUUAAUAAUAGCAACCACCGUUGUUUCAUUUCCUUUCAUUCUCAUAACUUAUUUCCUCUUCCUCCUCCGUGGGGGGUUGGGGUUCAAUUUUCUUGCAAUAUUCAAGUUGACAUGGCUACCAUGGAUAAUGAUUCUUCUUGUUUUCCUUGUUCAUCAUUAUUAGAAGACCAAGAAGAUUUAAUGAAGGAACUGGCCGAAUCAUCAUCAUUAUUACCGGACAAGGAAGAUUUAAAAAAGAAGCUGGGUAAACGGCAUCGUUCCAAGGAUUCACCAAAAAACCACGAUUCAGAUUCUCCCCAAACUGCUCCGGUAGAGUCGCCACUGCCUCCAUUGAAACCACCACCAUCGUCUAAGGUUUUAGCUCCUUUGCCAUCGCCGCCAUUACCAUCACCACCACCGCCGCCACCACCACAGUCCUCACCCCCUCCUCAACCACCCUCACCACCGCCACCCUCCCCACCACCACCACAAUCACAUUUUCCACCCUCUUCACCGCCGCCAUCGCCGGUUAAUAAUCACCAUUCCUCUAUCGCUCCUCUAAAUUUUAAUCAACAUAAAUACUCAUCGCCUCCAACACCCCCUGAAAACUCUUCAUCUUCAUCUUCAUCUUCUCAUAAUGCUCCAUCCAAUGUAUCGAAUCAUCAAGGGGUGCAUGGAGGUGGGUCCCACGCGAAAUCGACGGGUGAAAAUUCAGGAAAAUAUGUUGGAUAUACCCUCGCAGGAGUUGUCAUUGUUGCCUUUGUUGCUGUAGUUGUUGUUUUAACAUUUAGGAGGAAGAAAACCAGACCAGAUGUCCAUGUUGCAUAUAUGCAUAACUUUCAUCUUAAACCAGGUGCUGAUGGGCAUUACUUUAUGCAGCAGCCUGGGCCACAACUUUCACUUGGAAGAAACUACGGAAGUGGUAACAACAUUGGAGGAAGCAUGAACCAUCUUGGAGCUUCUUUAGACCCGUCACAACCCAAGAGUGGUCAGAUAGCUUUCAGUUAUGACAUGGUGAUGGAAAUGACUAAUGCAUUUUCCAGUGAAUACAUAAUAGGCCAAGGAGGAUUUGGGUAUGUUUAUAAGGGUGUGUUGCCGGAUGGAAAAGCAGUUGCAGUGAAGCAGCUUAGGGCUGGUAGUGGCCAGGGAGAUAGGGAAUUCACGGCUGAAGUGCAGAUCAUUAGCCGCGUACAUCAUCGGCAUUUGGUGUCGUUGGUUGGUUAUUGCAUAUCUGAGCAGCAAAGAGUGCUUAUCUAUGAGUAUGUUCCUAAUGGAACCCUCCAUCAUCACUUGCAUGGAAGUGAUAUGCCUGUGUUGGAUUGGGAUAAGAGGCUGAAGAUAGCAAUUGGAGCUGCAAAGGGGCUGGCUUAUCUGCAUGAGGACUGCAGCCAAAAGAUUAUUCACAGAGAUAUUAAGUCAGCAAACAUACUUUUGGAUGACGCUUUUGAGGCACAGGUUGCAGACUUUGGACUGGCGAGGCUAGCCGACGCUGCCAAUACCCAUGUAUCAACAAGGGUUAUGGGGACCUUUGGGUACAUGGCUCCAGAGUAUGCAACAAGUGGAAAAUUAACCGAUAGAUCAGAUGUUUUCUCGUUCGGCGUUGUCCUCCUGGAGCUUAUAACUGGAAGGAAACCUGUUGAUGAAUCCCAGCCUUUGGGAGAUGAGAGUCUGGUUGAGUGGGCUCGUCCCCUUCUCCUUCGUUCAUUUGAGACACGCGAAUUUCGUGAACUAAUAGACCCAAGACUCGAAAAUCACUAUGUCGAGGGUGAAAUGUUCAGAAUGAUUGAGGCAGCUGCAGCUUGUAUUCGCCACUGUGCUCCGAGACGGCCUCGUAUGGCUCAGGUUGUAAGAGCUUUAGAUAGUGGAGAUGAAGCAUUCGAUUUAUCUAAUGGGGUGAAAUAUGGCCAAAGCACUGUCUAUGAUUCUGGGCAGUAUGAUAGAGACAUUAUGCUAUUCAGAAGGAUGACUAAUGGCAGCUAUGGUGAUUCUGAUUUUGACAAGAUGUACAGUAGAGAAUCAAGUUUAUCAAGAGAUACGAAUAGAUACCAACAUGUGUGGAUGCCUAGUAGUUCUAGUAGCAGCCGGUCAGAAUCUAGCGCUUUCAACAAACAUAAGAAAAACAGUGCUGAAUGAGGACAACAUGAAUUGAAGGAAGACAAACAUAUAGGAAUGCAGAUGGGACCAUUGAGCAUUUGAGCAUAAUGGAGGAGGAAAGCAAACAUAUAGGAAUGUUUAUCAUGGACCCUGAAAGUUCUGAUCCAAUGAAUUUCACCAAGAUUCUCCUAAUGAACCAUGACAAUGGUGGAUCUUCAUGCAGUGAGCCAUUCAAAAUGUUUUCGGGUUUACAAGGAUUUCAACUGAGAGCUGUGUUCGACACUGUAAAAAAACUUUGGUUAAAUUCUUUUUUGCUCUAUAUUCUUAUUCCCCUUUCUUUUUUAACACUGGGGGAUGUGAUUGGGAGCUUGUAAAAAGAUAAGUUUUGCUGAGAUCACUUUUUAACUAUUACUAACAGAUCUUUUACAGAUGCUGUCAAAAGAUUUAAGUAUCUUACAGGACAUUCAAUAUUCAACAGAUGAUAGUUUCAAGUGGGCUUAAUACAUCAGAAGGCCCCUGUAAUUGUAAAGGGAAUCAAAUUCAGGGCCUAAAAACUUUUUGCAUCAAAUUGGGUCCCUAGAAAUUUUUUUUUAAUUCAAUUAAGGCCAAAGUGUGCCAGCAGACUAUU